AUGAUGGCUGGUGAGAAUGUAGUCAGGCCCAAAGUGAACAAUAUGAUGGCUGGUGAGAAUGUAGCCAGGCCCAAAGUGAACAGUAUGAUGGCUGGUGAGAAUGUAGCUAGGCCCAAAGCAAACAGUAUGAUGGCUGGUGAGAAUGUAGCUAGGCCCGAAGCAAACAAUAUGAUGGCUGGUGAGAAUGUAGCCAGGCCCAAAGUGAACAACAGUAUGAUGGCUGGUGAGAAUGUAGCCAGGCCCAAAGCAAACAAUAUGAUGGAUGGUGAGAAUGUAGCCAGGCCCAAAGCGAACAGAAUGAUGGCUGGUGAGAAUGUAGCCAGGCCCAGUGUUGAGGUCGCACGCGUCUUUGGAUUAACUGGCGUGUUGACAGACCCCAUACGUGGCCGGGUGCGUCCCGACGUAUGA